AUGACUCCGCACCGUUCCAAUCUGUUCGACUGUGGGAACAUGGAUACCAACGUUGAAGCGACUAUUGCCAACGGCAAGAAGCUAAAGGUUGAUGGAAGAAGAACGGUGAGGCUAAGCGGUCUUAACAAUCAACGCAUCAAGAUGAUGGACGUCUUGUUUAUCCGAGGGAUUGACAGACGCCUGUUGUCGGUCGAACGACUCGCAGAACGCGGUUUGAACGUAGAGUUUCAACGUUCGUCGUAUGUAAUCUGGGUAGGGGGAAGAGCUAUUGCUGUGGGGAAAAUGUGA